AUAUAUAAAGGCCCUUCUUUUUUUCAUUUCUUUUUCUUUUCAUUAUAAUUAUAACAAUGAAUACAGCAUACAACCAGCCCUAUUAUUAUAACAAAGCUCAACUCAAGCCUUCCUCUGCUUGUUUAAUGAAUUAUCCACUUCACCCAGAUUUUUUAGCCAACUACAUCAUCGGAGAAGAACUAGGAGCGGGUGGAUAUGGGUUUGUUGUGUCUGCACGCGAAAGAAAGACAGGCAUUGAACGAGCUGUAAAGUUCAUCUAUCGUCAUAUGGUUCCAUCUCACAGUUGGGUCAAGGACAACACCCUGGGCCAUAUCCCAAUGGAAAUUUAUAUUUUAAAAAAUAUUCGCCAUCCCAACAUCAUUGGCUAUGUUGAUUCUUAUCAAGAUCGUUGCUUUUGUUAUCUCGUCAUGGAAUUACACGGCACACAAUGGACAGGCAGCCCAGACAACAACAACUUUCCUCGAUCACCUGCACUCUCAGAAACAUCUCAAAGCACUUGUUCUUCUUUUCUUGAUUCACUUAUUGAAGAAUACUUGCCUGAACCACCCAUGAUCAAGAGACGUACCUCCUGUGAUCUCUUUGAAUGCAUCGAAAAGCAUAAUUAUUUCCAAGAACCCUUGGCUAAAAUGAUCUUUCAACAAAUCGCAUCAUGCGUUGCCUAUCUUGACAUACUUGGUAUCUGUCAUCGUGAUAUUAAGGAUGAAAAUAUUGUGAUUGACGAUCAAUAUCAGGUAAAGCUUAUUGACUUUGGUGCUGCUGUUGUUUUACCUCGUCACUAUGGUGAUCAUACAAAAUAUCUAAUGACACAGUUUCACGGUACUGUCAGUUUCGCAUCUCCUGAAAUCCUUAUGGGUAGACCCUAUAAAGCGGAGUCAGCAGAGGUUUGGUCACUUGGUGUUCUCUUGUAUACCAUUCUAUUUGGUGAAAUUCCUUUUCAUGACACAAAAAUGGCAAUUGCAGGUCGAUUUGCUCAGCCAAAGGUUGAAGUAUCACCAACAUGUCUCAACUUGAUUUCAUGGAUGUUACAGCGAUCUCCAGAACAUCGACCUACCAUCCAUCAAGUCCUGAUGCACCCUUGGUUCUCUGAGUUCUAAUUGUCACUUUAUAUAUCAUCAUUUUCAUCUAUUCAUAAUCACUCCUCAUUGUUCUUUCUAUGCUCAUCUUUUUAAUUACCCCUUUUUUAAUUUUCUUUAUUUAAUCCCAUAUGCGCGAGCGCACAAACAUUUUCUCAAGCACAUUACAUAAUUUUGCAUGGUACCUUAUUUUUAAGCCCUUUUUUCCCAAAACUUAUGAUUUACGAUAUAUUUAUAUGUUCUCUUUAAUUUUC